AUGAGGGCCCUCUACAGUCUGCUCGUACUUCUGGCAUUUGCCACCCUCUCCUCAGCUUAUACCUUCCAGUUGAAAAAGGAAGGUGAUGCUGAAAGUGGGGAGGAGUAUGUGAUGUAUAAUGAUCAGAAAUACGAUCUUUCCGAUGAACCAGGCAAGAGCAGCCUAACCUUCCUUGAAGAUGACUGCGUUGUAUACUUGGAUCUCUCAAAAACUGAGCCUUCCCCAUUCAGAGAAGGAAAUGCGAUAUGCAAAAACAUGUUCCCAAGUUCCACUCAUCAGACUUGGGAAGAAUAUGUGGAGGAGCGUCUUAGUGAGGUAAAAUAA